AUGGCCGACGAUGUUACCACGAAGGACUUUGCAGUCCUCCCUGCCUUGGAGAAUUCUGAUCAGCAUAUCUGGAUCACCGACAAGGGCUCGGAUUGUGCUGAAGCCGAAACUAAGCACCCACGCCAGUCCCUCUCCAAGAGACUCGGCAAAGUUAUGAAGAGCAGUCUGGGCAGGGUCAUGCCGUCCACGUUGGGUGCCAAGAACGGAGCUCAGCUAGAGUUUCCCGAGCUUGAGAUUUUACCAACCAAGGGAGGCUAUAAAGAUCUCGAGGCAAUCCAAAAGAGCAUUGAAACGUUGAAGACCAGCCAACGUGCGAAGAUGGCAACCAACCCUGCCCUUGUUAUGGCUGAAUUAGCAACCCACUCCAAGCAAUCGCUCAUCAAGAAGAUUCCUGCUCAACUUCAGGAAGCCGAGCAUGCCAGAGACGAUUCCGCUGGUAAAGCAGCCACAGAGACUGCGGAUGGCACUCUUGAGGGUAACAAAGCCCACGCACACGAUACUAGAGGGCCCUCGAUUCGUCCAGUCACGCCGGCCAACAUGAUCAAUCUUUCAGAGGGAGAUUCGACCGCUGCUACCACAACAGAGAAUUGGGCAACGCCGGCUAGCCGUCUGUCUUACGGCCCUGCAUCCGAUGGUGACAGCCCAGCUUCCAUGGGUGAUACCGAAACUGAGGAGAGGACCAAUCGAUAA